AUGAUCCGAUUAGCUCGAAACUAUGGAUCCAAAGCUGUGAAACAGGAUUUCCACCUGUUACCAGAUUUCAAGCUCAAAUGCGGCCUUGAGAUUCAUACUCAAUUAAGUACCCAAAACAAGUUAUUCUCACAUUCUACAAAUGAUCCUUUUGCAUCAGCUAAUGUACCGAACUUCCACACAUCGUUUUUUGACGUUGCCCUUCCGGGCACGCAACCAAAUCUGAAUCUAGAGGCGGUUCUUUUCGCAGUUAAACUUGCGGUAGCACUCAAAAGCGAAGUCAACUUAAGCUCACAAUUUGACCGUAAACACUAUUUCUACGGAGAUCAACCUUUAGGAUACCAAAUUACACAACAUUACAACCCGCUGGCUAAAGGAGGCUCGAUUGAACUCACGAAAGCGCUGGACGGCAUAGAUCAGGAGCAUAUAAAGAUUGAUAUCAUGCAAUUGCAGAUAGAACAAGAUACCGGCAAGUCUAUCUAUAGGGAGUCUGAGCAUGUCUCACUUAUUGACCUCAAUAGAUCCAAUGUUCCGCUCAUAGAAAUGGUUACGCUCCCUAAUUUCACCGAUCUCAAACAAAUACGGUCUUUCAUCAAAAAGUACCAAAAUCUUGUCCGCCACUUGGGGAUAUCUACUGGAGAUUUAGAGACCGGGGCUAUGAGAGUUGACGUUAACAUGUCAAUCAACGACUAUUGCCGAGUCGAGCUAAAAAAUUUGCCUAAUACUAGCUCGAUUAUGAAUGCAGUAAAGUUCGAAUACAAGAGGCAAGUGGAUAUUAUACGAAGAGGCGAUGCAGAUGAACUUCUGUCCACGCCUGAAACGCGAGGCUGGACCGGAUCUUCCACUGUAAAGCUAAGAAGUAAAGAAACUACCAUCGAUUACAGGUAUAUGCCGGAUCCCGAAAUUCCGCUUAUUGAACUUUCUCCAGAUGUUGUCGCUGGCGUGAAAACAUCGUUACCAGUACUUCCGGAUGAAAUUCUACGGCGGUUGAUGUCGAAGCCAUAUUUCCUAUCCUUGAAGGAUGCAAAGAUUCUUACCGUAAAUGGCAAUGGUCGUGAUCAACAGUACACUCAAAGCGAAUUGUUAACAUUCUACCUUGACACUUUCGAAGAAUACCUGGCACAUGUCAAGGAAGACAUCAAUCCCAAGUUACCUACUAAUUGGAUCAUACACGAGCUGCUAGGCAAUCUGAAUAGGCUGCAAUUUCCACUAAGUAAAGCGUUACAGACCUUAACCCCCUCAAAAUUUGCUGAGUUGUUAGUUUUGAUUCAUGAAGGUACGUUGUCGAAAGCAAGUGGUAAACUUUUAUUGUUUCACAUUCUCGAAGGCGCAAAGGGCUCAAUUGAUCUCCUCCCAGUUGAUCUUUCCGCGCUAAUAGACAACUUUGAACUCAAUGCAAUACAAGAUGUUGAUCCAGAAGAACUGAAAAAAAUAUGCUCGGACAUCCUGUCUCAGUUGAACGAUCCGAAACUACUUGAGGGAAUCAUUACAGGCAAGAAAAAAAACUCUCUCAAAUUUCUAGUGGGCCAAGGAAUGCGUCUCUCUCAGGGCCGCGUAAAACCACAGCUAUUUGAACAAACCUUCAAAAAAUUGUUGAAAAUUACAUGGUGA